UUCGCUUUUCUCCUCGUCAGUUUUUAUUCCCUCCCUCCCUCCCUCCUCCCCAAUAGUCCUUCCUUUGUCCAAAAAUCCCAAACCCUAAUUUAACAGACGCCGAAAACCCAUGCGCCUCUCCAAUUCAACGCCGUACGAAAUGAUCUGAAAGUCUCUGCUGCCAUUGGAUUGGAGACUAGUGGCUACAAUGUCGGAUGACAUGCUGCUCCAUUUCUCUUCCAAUUCGUCCAACCAGUCGGACCACUCUCUUCCCACCAAGAUUGCCAAGCUCGAAGCUCGCAUGGUCGGAAAGGCUUCCUCCGCUCCUCCUGCUCACCCUCAGCCUCAGCCUCAGUCUUCUUGGUCCUCCCUCUCGUCUGCCCCCAAAUUCGUGACGGCUGACUUGUCCGCCGAGCCUUCUACUUCCAGUGAUUCCGAUGAUGAUAAUGGAGGGGAGUUUUUAAUACAAGCCAAUACUCAGAAGCGCCAGAAACUUCAACAAGAUGGUACUUCAACAACUAUCUUUGAGCAUGUUGAGGCAGUGGCUGAUGUGAGGCAAAUGGUUGUAGAUACCAAGGUAAAUUCUGAUGUAAAUAGAAAAAAACAUGGUCGUGGUAGGGCCAAUUCUGUCUUAGGUCGGGGUCGCGGUUCAAGAGUUCAUGAUCAGACAAAAUCAUUAAUUUCUCCUCCAACAGUUUCACCCCCAAAUGGUGAGCUUGAGAACUCAUACAACAAGGAUAGCAGGUCUAAAGAUCAGCUUCGUAAUGACAACAGCUCUUCCUUAGAUGAGGAGGUUGCGACUUUACGUGUAAAAGUUGCUGCACUAGAGGAGGAUUUGCGUAAAUCACGACAAGAGGCCUCUGAUCAUCAGAAUCUUUUCCGCCAAUUAGAGAAAGAGUUAAAAGAAGUAAAAGAUUAUGAACAGAAAAUGAAGCCUAAGAGAACAAAAGUAAUCUCCGAUCUGCUGAUUUCUGUUUCAAAAGCAGAGAGGCAGGAAGCAAGGUUGAAAGUACGACAGGACUCCUUGAGGCUUGGCAAUGUGGGUGUAAUCAGAGCUGGAACUGUAAUAUCUGAGACAUGGGAAGAUGGGCAAGCCUUGAAGGAUCUUAAUGCUCAUCUUAGACAAUUAUUAGAAACUAAGGAGGCUGUUGAGAGGCAGCGAAAGUCGUUGAAAAAAAGGCAAACUGAUAAGAGUGAUGCAGUUGAUGCUGAAACUGGAAUACAAGAAGAAUCUGUAAUCCAGGAUGAGAUCUAUAAAUCCCGUCUAGCGAGCAUCAAACGAGAGGAGGAAGUUUUACUUCGUGAAAGGGACCGCUAUGAACUGGAAAAGGGAAGGCUUAUACGUGAAAUGAAACGCAUACGUGAUGAGGAUGGUUCCCGUUUUAACAAUUUUCAGAUUCUCAACCACAGAUAUGCCCUCUUAAAUCUUCUUGGCAAAGGAGGAUUCAGUGAAGUUUACAAGCAGGCAUUUGACUUGGUAGAGCACAGAUACGUUGCAUGUAAACUUCAUGGUUUAAAUGCUCAGUGGAGUGAGGAGAAGAAGCAGAGUUACAUAAGGCACGCAAUUCGGGAAUACAAUAUUCACAAAACCUUGGUGCAUCAUCACAUUGUCCGGCUUUGGGACAUUUUUGAGAUCGAUCAGAAUACAUUCUGCACCAUCUUGGAGUACUGUAGUGGGAAAGAUCUUGACGCUGUUCUCAAAGCAACACCUGUAUUGCCUGAGAGGGAAGCUAGGAUCAUUAUCUUUCAGAUAUUUCAAGGCCUUAUUUACUUGAACAAGAGAACACAGAAGAUUAUACAUUAUGAUUUGAAGCCUGGAAAUGUUCUAUUUGAUGAACUUGGUGUUGCGAAAGUGACCGACUUUGGUCUCAGCAAGAUUGUGGAAGAUGAUGUUGGAUCCCAGGGUAUGGAACUUACGUCCCAGGGUGCUGGAACUUAUUGGUAUCUACCUCCUGAAUGCUUUGAGCUCAGCAGGACACCUCUUAUCUCAUCAAAGGUUGAUGUUUGGUCAGCUGGUAUUCUAUUAUACCAAAUGUUAUUUGGCAGACGUCCUUUUGGGCAUGACCAGACCCAGGAACGAAUACUGCGGGAAGACACAAUUAUCAAAGCACGAAAAGUUGAGUUUCCUUCUAGACCAUCCAUCUCAAAUGAGGCAAAGGAAUUUAUUCGGCGUUGUCUAACAUAUAAUCAAGCUGAGAGGCCAGAUGUAUUGGCAAUUGCUCAAGAUCCAUUUCUGACCUACUCAAAAAAGUAAAGACCCAACAGCCAGGUGCAAGAGAUUUUGUUUGUUUUCCUGCAACACCCACCAGAAAUCUGUACAGCUUGUAAAGGUUUUUACUUCUUGUAUCUGUGGCGCAUCUCACUUCUUGAAAUAGGCUGGUUUGAGGGUCUUGGUUUUGUGACCCCAUUUCUGGGAGAGAUUGUAGGUGCAGUUAGAACUUAGAAAAGGAACGUGAUAUUUUGUCUAAUUUCUCCCAGAUAUUUUGUCAAUCAUAUAUGGGGAUAUCUUUUGGGAUAACAUAGUGAAAAGAAUAUGAAAGGCUUUCCAACUUUAGCUACUUGUUCAA